AUGAAGCCGCUCAGGAUGAAGGAGACGUUCAAUCCGGACGAGGCAGUCCUGCGGGCAGAGCGCCGCGCCGCCCGCAAGUCGCGCAAGAAGCGAGCAGCUCGCGCCGAAUCCCUCACUCCGCCACGCUCUCGCUCUCGACCGCCCGCAACGACCGUUGCACCCGACGACUGGGGUUUCGACGAGUCCGCCCUCCCGCCCGAACAGGCGUACAAGAAGACCCGGACGGACGACGAGUUCUACGAGAGUUUGGCGGACGCGGAAGCGCAGGAUCAGGGCGUGGGAUACUAUGAAGACGAGCUUUACGCUCGUCAGGUCCCUGCGUAUGCGAGUCACUAUGGCAGUGCGGCGGCAGCAGCGGCGGGGAUCGAGCCUGGGGGAAAGGGGAAUUGGCUGAACCAGAUGGACGACGAGGAGUACGCCGAAUGGGUGCGGGCCGGGAUGUGGCGGCGACGGAACAAGGAGGAGCUGGAGCGGAUAGAGCGGGCGGAGAAGGAGAGGAAGGCGAAGGAGGAGAAGGAACGGGUCGAACGGGAGAAACGGACGCGGGAGGAGAGGGAACGGAUACGAAGGUUGGAGAAGCGCAAGAAGCGCAAGUCGGAAGAAGAGGAGAAGGCUGCGAGGGCGCGGUACGAGGACGGCUGGAAGAAGUUGCAGCAGGCCGUCGCGACGACCGCUCCUCCCGCCUCGACCGACACCGCGACAGACGGCGACUCUUCCUCCUCCGGCACCUCUACGCCUGCCUUCCCUCUCCGCUUCACCGACUUUCCCUGGCCGCUUUACCCACCAAUGGCUUUCCCUCCGCUCUCCUGGCCCGCCCUCACCGAUAUCACCUCCACCGCCAUCUCGACCUUCCUCCUCCCUCCCUCUCUGCAAGCCGACAAACACAAAGCCGUUCUCCGACAAGCCGUACUCGCCUACCAUCCGGACAGGUUCGAGCGAUACGUCCUCAAGAUCCCAGAGGAGAAGGAGGACGUGCGGGAGAGGGUGCGCGAGUUGGGCUUGCGGGUUAGCCAGGUCUUGAACGACCUGUCGAAGAAGGGGGCGUAG